UUCUCUAUGGAGAUGAUGGAGAUAGUAUAGCUAGCUGAGCGAGAGAGAAAACGACCACCGGGCGACGAUGGAGGGGAGGCGACCUGCAUUACCGACGCAAGGUGUCGCAGUGACGUGGGAAAUGUCAGAAUCACGCAGAAAAUUGUGGGUUUUUCCGUGAAAAUCAGAGAAAAACAAUGGAUUGUGGCUCCAAUCCACUCUGUGAAAGGAUCAUCGGCGAGAUUGACCAGGUCUUCAGCCGAGAUCCCAAUCUGGCGACGUUCGAGGUGAUUCCGAUGCCUUCCAAUCAAAACAAAUCCCCGGUCAUCCAUGUGGAGCACAAUCUGGGCCUGGAGUCGUGGUGCGUGAAGCACGUCUAUGACCACUGCCAUCGAGUGCUCCUGGACAGUCGACUGGUCGUGCACAAGCACAGCAGCAAGGAAAAGAGUUGUGAGAAGAGUGUGAAGUACCUCAAUGUGGCCAUCCUUAUCAAUCCGGACGUGGCUGUGUUCUGGAACAUGCGACGGAACCUCGUGAGGCAGUGCAAACUGAAGACGGACGCGGAAUUUCACUUUUCAGCCCUUGUGCUCUCCAAGAAGCCCAAAUCCAGCGAGGCUUUCGCCUACCGGAGGUGGCUGUACUCCUUCGAGAGUAGAGAAUCGAUUGACUUGGCGUUCGAGAUUAGCCUCUGUGAGCGCUGUGCGGAUAGAAACUCGAGCAACUACCAUGCAUGGAGUCACAGGCUCUGGGUGCUGGACCAGGAGCCGCGCUUCCUGCACUUCGAGAUCUACCUGACAGAGAAGUUCAUCCGGCGCCACAUCAGCGACUACAGCGCGUACCACCAUCGCGUGGUGGUGCUGCGAAAGCUGCUUCAGGUGGGCGAGAUGGAGAGCGAGGAGAACAGCGACUACGCGUCCCUCUGCGACCUGAUCGACUGCCUCCUAGGCGCAGGUGUAGCCGUGGGCAAGACACCCAGCGAGCUGCUGAUCGUGCUGCUGCCCAACGCGCCAGCCACCACGUGCCUCGCCUGGAGUGCCAACAAGCAGUUCAAGUCCCUUCUGCACUGCCUCAACCUGGCCGCAUAUGAUUUGCAGCUGACUGAGGAGCUGCGGGAGACUUUUGGCGAGAGGGAGGCCUUCGAGCUGCACCGGCGAUCAGUUGUGCAGUUCAUCGUGGAGUCCUGUCGGCUGUUCGAUGGCUCCUUCGCCACUGGACACGACGGGAUGGCGAGCAGCGUGAACAAUUGCCACUCGCCGCCGGCCAGCAAGGCGUCCCGGCGAGAAAAUCGGUUCCUCGACACCCUCCGGCGCAAAGAGGCCCAGCGAAGCGAGGCCACGCGGAAGUGGUGUCAAUUAUUCUUAGACUUCCCCUGUGAUGGUUGACAGAACGCGCGAAUGUCGUAGAUGCACUCUUGCAAUUUCUUAAUUUAUAACUCAAACUAGGCGAUUUUAUUCCUUCUCUUGUUUUCUAUGAUAUAGUUCUUUUAAGAGUACAAAAGAAAAAAAAAGUGUGUACGGCGUCUCGAAAGACCCACUUUAGGCGUUUCAGAUGUGAGAUAUACGACUAUGUUAAGCAAAUGACAACAAUACUCAGCUCUAAUAUGCAGAAUUCUAAAGAAUUGAACAUAGAGAAAUAUUUACUAAUGUUACCAAUUUUAUCGUAGAGUUUUUUCACACAAAAUAUCGCAAAGAAUCAACAGAGGUGGCCUAAUAUUUGAGCAAAAGAUAACCACUGAGAUUAGCAUGUUUUCCUCUUUAAAUCUCAUGCCGAAGAGGGUAUUUAUAGAGCUUGUCUGUGCGAGGAGAAUUGUAAUGAAAUUUUCCGCUGGGAAAAUCAAUUCAGCUAAUUGAAAAAUAUUUAAUUGAAAGAUGUUGAGCAACACUUUGACAUGCAUUUCGAUUCACUAAAAGCCCACUCGUGACUUCGAUAGGCAGUCAAUUUUGAUGAGAACGCACUGUGAGAUGUGCUGAUAAGAAUGUGUUUUUGAGACAAUUCCUUUGGUGAAGUUUUGGGAAGCCGCGACAGUAUUGAAAAUCGGAUCAGACACAUUUCAUUGUGCGCAUUUUUUGGGUGAUUUUGUGACAACACCUCUGAAGAUUCGAUUUUUCCAUAAUUUCUCAGUGAAAAAAAGUAUAUAUAAAAGUUCUCUCAAUAUCUCACAAUUGCAUUUACAUGAUGUCUAAUAGCUUUUAACAAAAAGUAGAUAAUUUAAUUUGUAAUCUUCUUCCACACACGGAACAAUACUAAAGAGAGUAAAUAAUCAAAAGAUCACAAUAUUUGUGCCAAAAAAGCAGCAACAAGAUCAUAGCUAGAGUGUUAAUUUAUCAUUUAGUGAUUCGAUGAGUGAUGAAUUAAUGAUAGUAAUGCCGAUAAGUGGAGAUGAAGUGUGAGAGAAAGAAUAAAAGUUAAUUAUGUUAAUUUA